AAUCACAACUACUCGGCUUCCCCCCUCGUCGAUGAUCUCUCCUCGCUGAUCUGAAGAAAUCGUAGCCGCCGAUGAUUCCCCGCCUUAUCGGAUCCGGAUCCACCCUCUAGAGACCCGAUAACCCGGAGAUGUCAUCACUUUCGGCCCCGGCGGCGGACGAGGAUGGUGAGACCUCCGCCGUCGGCGAGGCGGCGAGGUAGCCCCGGGAUCGCAUCCCAAAAGGUACAAAUUCCACUUCGAUCCCGGUUUUUCUUGGAUUAGGGUUAGGGUUAGGGUUUACCGAUGUCGGCGACGGCGGUCGGUGAGGUGGAAUGGGCCGCGUGCGAGUGCUGCGGGUUGAGGGAGGAGUGCACGCCAGCCUACAUCGCCGGAGUGAGGGAUCGGCACGGUGGACGCUGGGUGUGCGGUCUGUGUUCCGAGGCGGUGGAGGACGAGAUCCGCCGCUCCGGUCGGCGGAUCUCGCCGGAGGAGGCCCUCACUCGUCACGCUAGCUUCCGCGAGGCCUUCCGUUUGGCGGCACCACCCUUGGACCCGGCAGCGCAUCUUAUCGCCGCCGUUAGGCAGCUCGUCCGCCGUGGCCUCGAAUCUCCGAGGGCGACGCGGUCGAACCCUAACAGCCCUCGCCGGAGGCCGGCGGGUAGCGGCACAACCGUGCUCGCGCCUUCUAGAAGCUGCUUCUCUACCCUUGCUCGCUGAGAAGUCGAAUAAUUCGACCCAUGUACCUACGUAACAAUACUUUUUCCUUUUCCUAUUAUUAUUAUUAUUAUUAUUAUUAUUCUUAAUAUAACUAUAGCUAUUUAUCUAGCCUUUUGUGUUAAAUACAAAAAUGAAUAAAUAAAUAAUAAAUUAUCUAUC